AUGGUACACUGGAUCUCUCUCUAUAGGGUGCUUUUCUGGACUAUCUGCCCUGCAGCUACGGCAGCGAGUCAAUUGACGGACGACCGUCAUGUACCCGAGGAUUCCCUGGUAGCAGAUCAGGUGCUUUCCACGCCAUCUGCGUAUGACUUCCCUAUCCUAGGGAGUAAUGGGUCCGAUCUAUUCCCGAUGCGCCCGUGUCGGGGCAUCCAGAUCGCGGAGGCGACGAUCGACGAAUUGCAGACAUACUUAUUGUCAGGCGGCCUGACUAGCGUCGAUCUGUUACAUUGUUAUCUAGGCCGCAUUUUCCAAACCGACAGUUAUCUUUCGGCCAUCAUCCAACACAACCCGGAUGUGUUCUCCAUCGCAGAAGCUUUAGAUGCUGAACGGGCCGCUGGCAAAGUCCGUGGUCCCCUGCACGGGAUACCGUUCGUAGUCAAGGACAACAUCGCGACCAAAGAUCGCAUGGAGACCACAGCCGGAAGUUGGGCUCUCCUAGGAUCGAUUGUGCCCCGUGACGCAUUCGUCGUACACCAGCUGCGCAAGGCCGGCGCUCUGCUGCUGGGGAAAGCAGCAUUGAGCGAAUGGGCCGAUAUGCGCUCGAAUAAUUACUCGGAAGGAUUCAGCGCGCGAGGCGGACAAUGCCGCAGCGCGUAUAAUCUCACGGUGAACCCUGGUGGCAGCAGCUCGGGCUCGGGGGUCGCAGUUGGCGCCAACCUCGUUCCGUUUGCUCUAGGGACUGAGACAGACGGUAGCGUAAUAAAUCCCGCACAGCGGAAUGCUAUAGUCGGCAUUAAACCAACAGUCGGGUUGACUUCAAGGGAUGGAGUGAUCCCCGAGUCCCUUCACCAAGAUACCGUGGGCGCAUUUGGCAAGACCGUGCGAGAUGCGACAUACGUACUGGACGCCAUCUUUGGUAUCGACCCUCGGGAUGAUGCAACCCAAGCACAGCGAGGUCAGACUCCCCCGGGCGGCUAUAGCCAAUUUCUCCACGAUCGGUCUGCUCUCCAAGGCGCUGUGUUCGGCCUCCCGUGGGAAUCGUUCUGGCGCCUGGCGAACCCUACCCAACUCUCGCAGCUUCUCAAGCUUAUCGAAUUGAUCCAAGACGCGGGAGCGACGAUCAUCAACGGGACCGAGCUACCUCACUAUCGCACCAUCGUGUCGCCAGAUGGAUGGAAUUGGGAUUAUGGCAGCCAGCGAGGGUACCCCAACGAGUCCGAAUACAGCUAUGUCAAAGUGGAUUUUUACAACAACCUCAAGACAUACUUAUCCGAGCUAGACAACACGAGUAUCCGUUCGUUGAAGGACCUCGUCGAGUACAACAAGGCCAAUGUAGGAUCCGAAGGAGGGCAGCUUGGCAUUCACCCAGCCUUCGGAUCAGGACAGGAUGGAUUGGAAGCAUCGCUAGCUACCAAGGGUAUUCAGAAUGAUACAUACUGGCAGGCACUGGAAUUUUGCCACCGGACAACGAGAGAGGAGGGCAUCGACGCGGCGCUGCGCUCCGGCAAGCAGACACUCGACGGGUUGCUGGUGCCACCAGAUGUUGCGCAGAGCAUCCAAAUCGCAGCACAAGCCGGCUACCCUGUGAUAACGAUCCCGGCUGGCACCGAUCCGGAGUCCGGGAUGCCAUAUGGGCUAGCGAUUAUGCAGACUGCUUUUGCAGAAAAGACAUUGAUCAAGUAUGCUAGUGCGAUUGAGGAUCUGCAAAGAGAGGCGAAUACGCGGUGGAAACGCACCCUUCCUGAGUGGCGGGGUUACCUUGUUCGGAAUAUCCCUGUCAUUAAUUGA